CACGAAAGCCGACAAUAAUUGUUAGCCGACCCUGCAAGUUUAUUUCGCAAAUCAAUUAGGCUAGGAGAGAGUUUUUGACAAUAAGACUUAUUUGUCGCAAAAUUUUCUUGAAUUUGAUCGACUUAUCAAGUGGCCAAGAUGCCACCGAAAAAAUCUUCCGCAGCGCCCAGUAAAAAAACUGAGCAGAAAAAAAAAGAGAAAGUUAUCGAGGACAAAACUUUCGGUAUUAAAAAUAAAAAAGGAGCGAAGCAGCAGAAAUUUAUACAGCAAGUAGAAAAACAAGUUAAAUCUGGUGGUCUUCAUCCACGCAAACCAGAAGAUGCCAAAAAACUUGAAAAAGAAAAGAAGUUGAAGGAACAACAAGAGUUGGCCCUCAUCUUCAAACCUGUACAAACUCAAAAGGUUGAAAAAGGAACUGAUCCUAAAUCAGUAGUAUGUGCAUUCUUUAAACAAGGUCAAUGUACCAAAGGUGAUAAGUGCAAAUUUUCUCAUGACUUGAGUGUGGAAAGAAAAGCUGAAAAGAGAUCAUUGUACUGUGAUGUUGAUAAAGAUGUUGACAAAGAAGCAGAUACUAUGGAUGGUUGGGAUGAAGAUAAGCUAAAACAAGUCGUAGAAAAGAAACACGCUAGUGGUGGAAAUCGACCAACAACUGAUAUUAUUUGUAAGCACUUCUUGGAAGCUGUUGAAAAAUCGAAGUAUGGUUGGUUUUGGGAAUGUCCAUCUGGACAAAAAUGUAUUUAUAGACAUGCCCUACCACCAGGUUUUGUUCUAAAGAAAGAUCUUAAGAAAGAAGACAAAAAAGAUGAGAUAUCGUUGGAAGAUCUCAUUGAAAAAGAAAGAGCUAAUUUGGGCCCCAAUCAAACCAAAAUAACUCUCGAGACCUUUAUAGCUUGGAAGAAGAGGAAACUACAGGAAAAGCAACAAAAGGCUGUCAAAGAUGAAGAAAAGAAACGCAGCGAUUAUAAAGCUGGACGUCAAGUUGGGAUCUCUGGAAGAGAAAUGUUCUUCUUUAAUCCUGAGCUUGCAGCUGGCGAUGUUGCUGAUGAUGGGGAUGAGGCAAUCGCAAAUUAUGACUUUGAAGAAGAAGAAGAAGAAAGUGUUGAAUAUCGUGAAUUGGAUCUUGAUAAUUUAGUUUUGGAAGCUAGUCAAGUUGAUACCACUGGUUGUACUAUUGCUCCUGAUUGCGAUGAACGAUUAAAAGCAUCACGCAAGCAAACUGAACAAACAUCUGAUGAAGCUACAAUACAAGUUGGAGAUGGAGCAACGGCGUUAACCAUCAACGAGAAUCUGUUUAUGGAUGAAGAUUUAGAGGGUCUUGAAGAAGAACUCGGGGACUUGGAUUUAGAGGAGUGAUCCAUGUCCCAGCACUACUAUCUCCUCUCAAUUGUGAUUGGUCAAAUGAUGUUUGUUGAAUGUUAAUGAUUUAAAAAACUUUGCCUUCACUAAGAAAACUUCCUUUAAUGUACAUACAGCACAGUUAUCAGAUAAAUUUCAUUGCUUUAAAGGAAUUCUAAUCACUUUACUACAUGUACAAAUCCAUUGAAAUAUUUAUAAGAUUAAAACUGUUAUUCCAAUGAAAUAUUUUUUAUAUUUGCUUUUUCAAAUUUUUACUUACAUGACUGUAACCGCACAUUGUAUAACUAUGUUUUGGUAAAACAUUAAAUUUGCCUAGCAAAAAUUUAAAGUUAAUUGUAAAAUUAUAGCACUUUACUGGCGCAGUUAAUAUUGAUGACAAUUUGAAAAUUCAUUUGCAAUGUACUAUGUAUGUCUGGGGUUUUUCUAAAUAGAUCAAUAAUAGAAAUAAGAA